AUGGUGGACUUUGUAGUGGUGGACUGCCCAUCAUCAUACAAUAUUAUCUUGGGGAGGACAACAUUGAAUGCCAUGAAAGCAAUCACUUCCACUUACCAUCUCCUGAUGCGUUUCCUAACUGAAUAUGGACUGGAAGGGAGAGAUAGGCUAGACUUUCAUAGAGCAGAACCUACAGAGGCGCUAGAAGAGGUCAUCCUUGGUGAUGGUGAGCCCGAGAAGAAAGUGAGUGUAGGGUCUUUACUCCCCCCAAGUAUCAAAGAUGAACUUACUCAAUUCCUCAGGAAGAAUCGAGACGUAUUUGCAUGGGCGCAUGAAGACAUGCCGGGUAUAGACCCCACUAUCAUGGAGUACCACCUAAAUGUAAAUCCUAACUUCAAACCUGUCAGACAAAAGAGGAGGACUUUCGCUCCAAAGAGGAAUCAGGCUAUAUCAGAAGAAGUGGAAAAGUUCUUAAAAGCCGACUUUAUUCAAGAGGUGUACUACCCCGAGUGGCUAGCAAAUGUGGUCCUAGUGAAGAAGGCAAAUGGAAAGUGA